AUGGCAUCAAGCUAUGGAUCACUUGUCAAGGAGGCCACCGUGCUGCUCGAUAAGUUCAGUGCAGGCAGACAGUGUUUGGAUGAUUUCAUGGAAGAUGCUUCAAAGGAUCUGCAGCACAUGGACACCCAACAUAAGAAGUUCAUACUUGAUGUUGUUUCUGGAUGUGUUGAGUACAAACAUUUGUUGGAUGUGGUCAUCAAUGCCUUCUACAGCCAGAAUGGGAAAUGUUUAUCCAGAGGUGAUCGCAGCCAGUUUGCCAUUAUCUGUUACCUCGCCACAUUUGUCCUUGAUGACCUUGGACUUCAGAGUUUUAGCAACAUUGUCAAAUCUCUGGACAUCAAGAAAAUGCACACAUUCCUGAGUUUCUUCUUCACAAACCUCACCACAUGGAUACAAGAAAAGUGGAAUAAUAUCUACGAUGCUGCCUACGUGGAGAAACACUGGGUUGGCCCUCUGCUAAGGUGGCGCCCUGAGAUUGAUAAUCUCUUGGACCAGCUUGCUGUCAAAAUGUUUUGUGGGAGUCAGAUCAAGAAAGCUCCAAUCAAAACCACUGAGCCCCAGGAGUUCUCUCUAACCAAACCUAAACCACGAGCUCUGCCCAUACCUGAGCUCAUCCCACAGCAGGAGAAACACAAACUGGUACCAAAUAGCACCUACAGGACUCCAAAAGAGAUGCAGAUAAUAGAGGAGAUCAAACAAAGGAACCAUCAAAAGACUGAGGAACUGCUGUAUGAAGCAAAUAUGAAACAGUUCAGAUGUGCAAAUCCACAUAAGUCUGAAAACACAAAGAAAGUGAUGUCCCGGAUCGAGAAAGACUUGAAUUCAGAGCUCAAGUUCAGUUCGGUUCAUUCCUCUGGACAUCCCUCCAAUAAUAAAAAUAACAGCUGGCCCGUCAAGCUCAAUAGUGCCGCCAUCCUGAGGCAAGAGGCGCUACACGACCGUCAGGUGGAGGAGGAGCUGCAGAGAAUAGAGCAUCUGGUGCAGGGGGCACGUGAGCCCUCCUCUUUCCUACAGUGGCAGAAAGAGAUGCGAGAAAGGGAUCUUCAGGAGGAGUUGGCAAAGAUUGAGCGCAGGCAUCUAGAAGGACAAAUCAGUUAUGAGGAGGCAGCAAUGGCCCGCACACGAAUAAUGGAACGCAAUCAGAAGACUGCUCAGCUCAAGAAAGAAGAGACAGCUCAGCUGAUGCGGAGAUAUGCGGAGAAAAGGCUGCAGGACGAAAAAGGAAUGAAAGACUUGGUGCAACAAGUGGCAGAGGGCCACAAGAACUCAAAAUCAGCUAAAGAGAAGCUGCAGAAAUUAAAGCAAAGAAUUGUGAAAGAAGUCUCAGAGGAAAGUCGAGAGCUCCUUGGUCAAGCCCUGGAUGAGGCACAGGCAGAGCUCAGCAGAAAAUUUGAAAUCAUUAGUGAAAUCCGCGCCAUCGAAUCACUUCCUCACAUUAGAGUUAAGAAUUUUGACAACACAGAGAUUGCAGGCCAUGGGCUGCUGGGAGAGAUGUCUGUGGCCGAGACAAGGGAGCGGCUGGGCCUUCUGAAGGAGGCACAGCAAACAGAGCAGCAGGAGAAACGGGAGUGCAUCCUGGAGGAGCGGGAGAGCAAGAAGCAGCUGCUGCUGGAGCAGCUGGACAACAUCCACAGGAGAGCGCUGGCACAGGCCUCUACCAUCAGGAAAGAGAAGAGGAAAGCCACGCUGGGUUUCCGGCAGGCCGUACCUCAGGACGAGAGAGUUUUGGUUCUGCAGAAAAAGCUCCAAGAGAAACAGCAAGAGCGCCAAAGACUGAAGCAAAUUGAAAGCAACAAGGCCAAAACCGCUGAGCAGGCAGCAGCUCACACAGUCAGACACACAGGGACACACAACAAAGAAAGCUCAAAGGAGAAAAGCUGGGAGGACUUGGAGCUGAGCUUAGAGCGUUAUAUCCAGAAGGAGGCUCCUUAUGUUGUUUCUCAGAGAGAAACACUCAAGACGUAA